CAUAUUCCAUCCACGACAAUCCCAUCCACAAUGGCCCCCAAGACUGCCCCCAAGGCUAAGGAGAACGUCUCCCUCGGCCCCCUUGCCGGUGACGGCAAGCUCGUUUUCGGCGUUGCCCGCAUCUUCGCCUCCUUCAACGAUACUUUCGUUCACGUUACCGAUCUUUCCGGCCGUGAAACCAUCACCCGUGUCACUGGUGGUAUGAAGGUCAAGGCUGACCGUGACGAGUCCUCCCCCUACGCUGCCAUGCUUGCUGCCCAGGACGUCGCUGCCCGCUGCAAGGAGCUCGGCAUCAACGCUCUGCACAUCAAGAUCCGUGCCACUGGUGGUAACGGCACCAAGACCCCCGGUCCCGGUGCUCAGUCUGCCCUCCGUGCCCUCGCCCGUGCCGGUAUGCGCAUUGGCCGUAUCGAGGACGUCACCCCCACCCCCUCCGACUCUACUCGUCGCAAGGGUGGUCGUCGUGGUCGCCGUCUGUAGACGUGUGCGGGUAUGUCUUUCAUUUCCUACUACGUCUUUGCGUGGCUGGAUCGGGAGCAACCUGCAGGCUCUACCUGCAAUUGUGGAUGGAAUAAACGCGAAGAACGGCAUUUAUCGCCUGGUCUUCAAUUUCUAUCACGCCCUAAAAGUUCGAUCUCAGCUGUUGCUGUUGAGCUAGGUAGUCUGAUAAGACGACUGAAUCAAUUGAC